AUGCUAGGAGUAUCCUGCCUCACACAAGCUAGAGACGAGAUUCGAAGUUCCCUUCUACGUCAACGAUCGAAGAUCAGAGAUGCCACCGCGUUUGCCAAAGGAAGUAAAAUAGUGUGGAUUGGACAUGUGAUGAACUUUAACGAGAACCGUUGGACGAGAGCCGUCAGCGACUGGGUCCUCUCAAUUUUAAGCGCACCACAGGAAGGCCGCCGACCCGAUGCUCAAAUUUCUUCACGAAGUCCUUCAAAGAGCAUUAUUACGCUCUUCGGGUCCCACGCGAAUGGAGGAACCAUUGGGCGACUCUGGCACGCAAUCGGGACAUAUGGAAGAAUUACUAGCGCCCGCUUGACCAGUUCGAAGAUGAACGGGAGUCAAGGUGAGAAGAAGAGCUGA